AUGAGGAAAGCAGACAGGGGAGGAGUAGCCAACUUCAUCAAAGAAAACAUGAUCUAUAGGUUUGGCGUACCCAAAGUAGUACUGUCUGACAAUGGAACUCCCUUUGUAAAUCGCCAUGUGGGAAGACUGUUGGAUGCCUACCAGAUCAAGCAUCACAAGUCUAGUCCAUACUACCCCCAAGGGAAUGGACAAGCUGAGGCAACCAACAAAACUCUCAUCCGAAUACUGAGUAAAAUGAUGGAUGAAGCAGGGGCACAUGUUGAGUUCACAGUACAGUCAGCAAGAAUGACUAUGUCAACACACUUAGUUCCAAACAACAGAAAAAACGACAUAGAGGCAGCUGAAGAAAGAAGGGAUCGAGCCUCACGAGCAACGGAAAAGUAUCAUCAAUCCAUAGCUCUUGCCUACAAUCAGUUUGUUCAACACAGGGAGUUCAAGGAGGGGGACUUGGUAUGGAAGACAGUGGACGCAAUCAUGUGGGGGCAACCAAUCCACAAGUUCUCACCCAGAUGGGAAGGCCCCUACAAAGUUGCUGAGGCAAGCAGUAGCGGGUACUACAAGUUGACAAGAGUAGAUGAUGGGUUCAGAAUCGGCCCUAUCAAUGCCAAGUAUGUCAAAGAAUAUUUUCCUUAA